AUGGAACCGAUCAAAGAAAACAUCCAAGGCACAACCACCCCCCAACCACCCGCCGGAAACAAUGCGAUAUCUCGCCAUGCCCACCAAAACGAUGGUACUCCUACCGCGCCAGCACGACAACCGCCACCGUCCGUUCAUGACUUUCCACCAUUGGGUUUUCAUGCUUUGCAGGAUGGGAGUGUUUUUGGGGAUGCAGUCGGAGGUACAAAUGUUAGACCAUCUAUCACGGGUAUCUUGGCCAGACCUACUGGUGCGACAAAUACAAGAGAAGGAAACCAAUUGGGAGCGAAAUCUAUCUCUGCGAAUUAUUCCGUUCCCACUGGAGAAUUCAUGGGCGGCAAGAAAGGAGAGAUGCCACAAGAUGGAGCUGGAGUCCCAUCCUACACAGGACCUCCUCAAUUAUCUCGUCGUGGAAACCCAGUUCCAGCUCGUUCUGAUGCAAGUGGAACUUCGACAAGAACCAAUAAAGUUAUCGCUGCAUACCAGGCUGCUAAUUCUGCACCGAACCCUCUCGCCAUGACACAGGCAGCGGGAACAUCCCUUACUCACCGAAGCGAUACCUAUGAAGUUGGAAAGAACUUCGAUCGUCUCCGAAUUCAAGGUACUCAUCUCGGCCUAACAGCAUCGCCAUACUUUCCCAAGUCCACCGAAGACUUGGUUAAGCAUCGAGAGGAGCGAAAAAAUGACGCGAGAGAUGAAAUGAACGAGCGGAUCAAGAACAAAGAGGAGGUUAUGCGAAUGAAGAGCGAAGGAACUUUUGUCAAGGUUAAGCCUGCUUUGGAGGAAAAGCAUUUAACCAUUUGGGGACAUCCUAGCUUGAACGAGGAGUCACCUGUACGAGCAGACUGGCCAACUUUGGCAGAUUUCAAACAAGCAGGAAUCAGAAAGGCGGGGUUGCCCUCUCCAAAAUACAACGUUGGAUAUGAGAACGGAAUGGCGGGUGAGGAGAUUACAUCGUUCGCAAUAGACAGAGUUGGAUUGGGUAGAAGAAGAGCAUACGAGGACGCCAUGAUUGAAGAAGAGGAAAUGAUGGAGAUGGGCGAGAUGAAAAGGCUUUUCGAAGCAAUGGAUGAAUGA